AUGGACAGCGAAGUGUAUGGAAUCGACUUGAAUGCAAGGAGGAAUAUACUAAUACACGGGGGAGGAGAUGAGAAAUGCACAGUAACGGAUAUAGAGACCGGAGAUGUCAUCAGCAUAGUGGAGGACUUUAGCGACUCAGUAAUAUUCUGCAAGUUCAUAGACGAUGAAAGGUUUAUUGUUAGUUCUCUGGAUGGAACGAUAUCUCUGAUGACUUUGGAAGGAGAGAUUAACAACGUAUGUGUGAACGAGGACAUCUCUCAGAUAAAGAUAAAUGGAGACAGGCUCCUUGUAGGAACGGUUGGAGGAAGUGUGCAUCUGUUUACUCUUGACCUAUGCAUCCAGAAUGUUUGCAUUGGCCAGUGCAACGAGAUACAGGACGUAUGCUAUGAAAAUGGAAAAGUGUACACUCUCAGCAAAACCAACUUUGUGAUAUUCGAUGCCUUGAGCCACCAGAAGCUUAUGGAUGUUCAUGUAAGAGGAGGAUCCGCCAUGGAUAAGAUCCCUUUAAGUGAUGUGGUCUGCUUGGGACUGGAGGGAUGUAUUGUGGUACGAAAAAACUCUCACCUGCUAAGUAAAAUUAGCAUUGAGGGAAGUCCUGAGUGCAUCCUAUAUAUGAACAACUACUUUAUUGUUGGAGGGGAUUUUGAAGACAUACUUCUUAUUAACAUACCUAUGGGGAUGCGCACCUUCAAGAUACCUACUGGAACUGAGAGGAUAUUAAGCAUAAAGGGGGACGGAGAAAACAAGAUUGUGUUCAGCACAUGCAGUGGAGUCGUUGGGUAUGGUGAUAUAAGAGACGAAAGAAGCUUCAAACUUAUUGAAGGCGGGGUAGGAUGUAUCUUUGAUCUAUGCUUCAAGGACAAGAUGGUAUAUGUUGGGGGAGAGCACGGGUUUAAUGCCCUUGAUCUGGGAAGAGUUGAAGAGCUUACAGCAGAGUAG